GUGGCCACGUGUUGUUCAUUCUGUGUUUGCCACAAUGGGGUCCAGGCAUCUUCUUGUGUUUGUGCUUGCGUGUGUCAGCUGUAGUGAUUCCUACGUCCUUGGCGUGAGAGAGCCUAACUACUGGCAGGUUGAGGAUGACCCAGCAGCAGAACCUGAGAAAUCCCACUCCUGGGAGUCUACUCGACGAGCUGACGUGCUCCAACCAUCAGUCAACCAACUGUCCUGGAGGUAUCCACAAGAUCCAGUGGAUAUAGUGAAGGAGACCCCUGUCGACUUUGAACUGGCACAACCAGUGAAGGUUGAACUGCCGCAACCAGCGACGGUUGAACGUGUUGCCGUGAGGUGUGGGGAAAGCAGGAUCCAGGUAGAAGUGAGCCAGGACUUGCUAGGUUCCGGUGAGCUGAUAAACCCAGAGGAUAUCACCCUUGGUGGUUGUCCAGCCACUGAGGUCGACAGCUGGUCUAAUGUGCUGGUCUUUGACUAUGAGCUGCACAACUGUGGCAGUACGCGAGUGAUGACCGGGGACACCUUAGUUUACGCUUUUACUCUGGUCUACAACCCCGACGUGUCCGGCGGAGUUCGCAUCACAAGGAGCCAGAGUAUGGAAAUUGGAGUGGAGUGCCACUACCAGAGAUGAGUCAAAAGCUGUCUCUGCCUGCACAGACCCACCUGAGUUUACUUCCUCCAAAUCAACUGUUUAAGAGCGAACAAUAAAGUUAUUGCUGUCCCAGCACACUAGC